GUGGAGUAUUCAUUAAAGAUUUUGAUAGGAAUUUGAUAAUGGGUGAAUUGGUUCCUCGGACCGAAGAGUAUAAAUACCAAAAAUGUUCUUAAGAGCAGUUAGUUAAUUCAGCUUCAAAAUAUCGACUGAUCGAACCUCCGCCAUCUCGCAACAUGAAAUUCAUUAUUGUAUUCGCUGCCGUUUUCGCCGUUGUUGCAGCUGACGUAUCCCAUUUGGGAUUCCGUCCAUCAAAUGAGUACCUGCCUCCCUUCCAGCAAGGACAAAAUGGAUUUGCACCAUCUAACGAAUACUUACCUCCAUAUCAACAAGGUAGUCAAGGAUCCUUAGGAUCUUUCGGUGGCCGCUUCGGAGGAAACAAUCAGUUGCCGCAACCACCAGUUCCUUUCGGUGUUGACUCAAUUGAACCUGCACCCGCGCAUACUUUGGGAGCCGAUGGUUAUCGGUACAAAGCUCCAGUGAACAAUGCUUUAAGAUUUUAAGGAGAAGGAGAAGUUCUACACAAAGUGUGCCUUUGUAAGAGUU